AUGCUAACCGGUUGCGAAAAGGACAUAUCAACUCUGAACAAAGGAGACGCCUUUGAAACUCCGAGGUAUCACCGGAAAUCCAUCAUUAAAAACACCAAACAACCUAACCUCCAGAGAAGCUCUAAAGACAAAACCCAAACUCACGAAUUGAAAUCCACCGACACAAGACCAAGCCACACACCAAAUCUAGCUGGCUCGAGCCUGAAUUCUACACCACUAGCAGCAACUAGAUCAGACGAAGAAAGGAGCCUCUGCCGAGAAGCCAAGCCCAAAACGAUGAAGAGACAGGAGAGGCGGCUUGACCAGCAGAAGCAAGACCAGAGCAUCACCUAG